UCGGGCGAACUUGGAGCCGGUUGGUCAUGUCGCAAAUGCAAUACGAAUCUCAUUCGCUUGUCGAGAUAAGCCGCAGUGAAUGGAAAACUUUGCUAGAGCUUUACAAGCACAAACAACUUGAACCCAAUGGAUAUGGGCUAAUAAAAAAUUAUAUUAAAUGGGUAGCUGAAGAUGAGAAGGUGGAUGCUAAAAUAUACUCGCUCGAUGGCGAAUGGCAAAGCGAUGGCACUUUUGUAAUGAUUGUUAACCAUGGCAUGGCCUUCAAAGAGCUCUCUUUUAAUACACUCAGCGAUAAUUUUAAGCGAUUGACAAAUGCAAUGCUUUGUGUGCUAUACGAAGCUACCGAUGCUUAUUUGCUCACAGCUUAUGGAGAGCGGCUUAUACCAGUAGUAGAUGCCUUAAGAGAGAAAUGUAAGAGCAUUUUGAAGAGAACGGAUCAAACAGUCUGGUACAGAGCGAGCAAAGAGUUAGUGGCAAGCUUUACAGCGGAACCACCUGCUGGAAUCGAGUUGCGUCGCUUGGAGGUGAAGCACGCCUCGGCCAUCAAUGAAAUCUGGCCGCAUCGUUCGGAAGGUUCUGUUGCAUUUGUGAAGAGCUUGAUAACUCACAAUAUUUCAGUGGGCGCUUACGAUGAGCAAGGCAAUUUAAUAGCCUGGUGUAUGAGAUUACCUAGUGGAGCGUUGGGUCUGCUGCGGGUUGUGGAUACCCACAAGCGCCUUGGCUUGGGUAGUUUAAUGGUUCGUUAUUUAUCCAAAAAAAUUUCGGAGCUCGGAGAUGAAGUUAGGGCACCUGUUGUAACAGAGAAUACGCCCUCUCGCAAAAUGUUUGAAAAGCUUGGCUUUCAGCAGAUCGAUCACGUUUACUGGAGCUGGUAGCGACAA